AUGAAAAAGUAUAAUGAAGAAGGGUUAAAGCAUUUUUAUUUCAUGUCACUUCAGGCUGGAGAGGUCAUUGAUGCGACGGAUAAAGGUUGCGUGGCUCGAUUUAUGAAUCAUUCAUGUUCUCCGAAUUGUUUUGUACAGAAAUGGAUGGUUGGAGAAAAAUACCGAAUUGGAAUAUUUGCUCUUCGUAAUAUUCAAGAAGGGGAGGAAUUGACCUUUGAUUAUAAUGCAGAACGAUAUGGGUAUACUUGUCAUUGCGGUGAAUCAAAUUGUCGUGGUAUUAUUGGAGGGACCAAAGAAACUGGCGAUUCUAUUUUAUCACAAGAUUUAAUCGAAGCUGAACAAUUGAAACCGAUACAAAGUAAUGAUGACCUUAUAGAGAAAUGGCAAAAUCUUCCAGAAUUCUACAAAAUUCCAAAGUACAGUGAACGAGGUCUUCUACCUCCAGAGGCUCAGAAGAAAGAACCAGAAGAUACAGCUAUGGACAUUGACACACCAAAAAAUUCGGAAACCUCCGAACCUAAAGUAGAAAGUCAAUUGACUUCCGACGAUUACUAUUUCUACGAGUCAGCGCACGACUAUUAUGUCCGGUUCACAGAUAGUCAUUUUCCAUUUCAGAACCUUUCUCAAACGGAUUAUUGGGUCUCUCAAAAGCUCUCUCCUCAUAAACAAGCUAACGCAUCGUCAUCCGAAUAUACCCAUUGCUCAUCGUCCUAUUUAAAUGACCACCACAACACUGAAUCUGGUUCUUCGCGGUAUAAAUAUGACAAGUAUUCAAACAAACAUUGGCAUAACAAGUCAUCGUAUAGUUCUUCACAUGGUUCGUCACAAUCACCAGCAGUUCCUCCACAACCUGAAUUACCACCCCUUGCACCAAAUUGGUGUGAAACCACUGAUGAAUAUGGUCAUGUGUAUUAUUAUAACAAGUAUACUAAAGAGACAUCAUGGGAAAGACCGAUCGUAAAAGAUGAUAUGAAAACCAUUGAUGGCUUUAGUAAAGCUGAACUUCAAGGAAUUAUCGAACGUGCAGAGGCUUUAGCUAAAAAAGCAGAGAAAGAAAAAGAAAGGGCGGCUAGAGAACGAGCGGAAAGCAGUAAAAUAGGUGCAUCCUCGGUUCUAAAUAACAAUCUCAGCGAAAGAGACUUCAGAAAUGCUAUUGCAACUACCGUGGUAGAUUAUUGUAGUAGAUUUAAACGUCACAUGGAUGUUCAAACAUUCAAAAAGCAAGCCAGAACUGUGAAUAAGGAACUUCGUCGUUCAGAAUGGCGCAAUGUGGUAACUUACCGCUUUACAGACGAGGCCAAAGCUCGAAUCAAGA